CAAACAGAAAAGCGCUUGUCUUUGUCAUAACAGCCAAAUUUGCAGACCGGAAACGGAUCCGAUUUUAACUCGCGAGUGACUCCUCUAAUCUUUUUUUUAACGAUCUUUGGCUAAAAUGUUAUUUGGCGCCGAAUAUUGUAAGUUUUUUUUUGUGUCAUUCUGCAGCGCGGGAGUUGUUGUUUGUGUGUGGAUGUUGUUGCACCCUGUGCUGUAAAUUAACUCACCAUUAGUCUGAAUUAAUCACCUCUCUGAUAGAUAAUCAGCUGAAGACGACAACAUGCAGCGGAGCAUCGCAUCCUUCUUUCAGCCCAAGUGCAAGGACAAGGACAAGGACAGUCAGAAGAAAGCCACAGAUGAACCUGUGAAAAAACCUGCCAAAAGCCCUCUCAAGGUGCAGAACGGUGUCCAGAAAGCUGAUUCACCCAUCAAGAAGGUUGCCAAACGCAGCCGUCAGAUCCUGGACAGCGACGAUGACGAGGCGCCGGUCAUCAAAGAGCAAGUCGCUACCAAGGGACAAGGAGACAAAGAAGCUGCUGGUAAAACGGAAAAGAAGGAUGAUGUCUUUAAGGCAGUUCCCACCCCCAUGUCUCCUCCACCUGCCCCAGCCACCCCUGUGACCCCCGCCACUCCAGCCACCCCGGCCUCUACGGCUUCACCUGGGACCCCCAGCACUCCAAAAUCCACCUCCCCCUCUGAGAUCAUUAAACGCAAGACUGCGAGGAAGAUGUUCCCCAAGAGGAAGCUUGAUGAGAGCAAGAGCGCCAGUGAGAGUCAGAAAGACGAGGCCGGGGCCGAGGAGGAGCAGGGUCAGCAAAACAAACGACCCCGUGUGGAGAGCAGCGCCAGCAGCAGCGCAGGGAACGCCGAUGAACCCAUGGAGCAGGGAGCAAAGGAAGAAAGAGUUGAAAAGGCGGUGGCCGAGGCUAACAGCCCAGAUGAGUUGGAGGUGGAGAAGACGAAGAAGAAAGAGGAGGGAGAGGAGGCCGAGGAGGAGCGGGUGAAGAGCGAGAGCUCUGAUGAGGAAGAAAAGAACGCUGAGGGGGCGGAAAAGAAAAAUGAAGCAAAGGAGAAGACGGAUGAUGAGAAAGGGCCCGCCGAUGCCAAGAAGAAGAAGAAGAAGAAGAAGGAGGAGGAGGAGGAGGUGGUUGAAAAGGACACGCGAGAGGGAGAAGGGAGCCCAAAAAGUCAAACGGCGAGAAAGCAAAAAGAAGCAAAAGAGCAGAAAGAUAAGGAGCUGCCCAAGAAAGCCCCCAUCAGCAGUUUCUUUGCUCCGAGAAAAGCCACAGUGAAGACGGAGAAGCCAGAGAAGAAUGAAGGGGAGAAAAAGACGAGUGCAGAGAGGAAGACUUCCGCGGAGGAGAGCAAAGACACAAAAGGCGAGUCACCCUCAGGAGAAACGGACUACAAUCCGACCAGGCCCAACUACCAUCCUGUGGACCACGCCUGCUGGAAACAGGGCCAAAAAGUGCCGUACUUGGCGGUGGCUCGCACCUUUGAGAAGAUUGAAGACGACUCUGGCAGGCUGAGAAACAUCGAGACGCUGUCGAACCUGCUCCGCUCCGUGCUGCUGCUCUCUCCAGACGACCUGUUGUGCUGUGUGUACCUGUGUUUGAACCAGCUGGGCCCUGCCUACCUGGGGAUGGAGCUUGGUGUUGGAGAGACGGUGCUGAUGAAAGCUGUUGCUCAAGCAACUGGGCGACAAUUGGAUAAAAUCAAGGCAGAGGCGCAGGAGAAAGGCGAUUUGGGCCUUGUGGCGGAGAGUUCCCGUAGCAACCAGCGCACGAUGUUCCAGCCGGCCAGUCUGACAGCAGGGGGCGUGUUCAGGAAAUUGAAGGAAAUCGCCAGCAUGAGUGGGAACUCGGCCAUGAAUAAGAAAAUCGACAUCAUCAAAGGCCUCUUUGUGGCAUGCCGCUUUUCCGAGGCCCGCUACAUAGUCAGGUCCCUGGCUGGGAAGCUGAGGAUAGGCCUGGCUGAGCAGAGUGUCCUAUCGGCACUAAGCCAGGCUGUGUGCCUGACCCCCCCUGGACAAGGUUUCCCCCCCGCUGUGCUUGACGCAGGAAAGGGGAUGAGCGCCGAGAGCAGGCGGGCUUGGAUCGAAGAGAAGAGCCUCAUUCUCAAACAGACUUACUGCGAGAUGCCCAAUUACGACGUCCUUAUCCCCGUUCUGCUUAAAGAAGGCAUUGACGAGCUGCCCAAUCACUGCAAGCUCACUCCAGGCGUUCCGCUGAGACCCAUGUUGGCUCACCCCACCAAGGGUGUCGGCGAGGUGAUGAAGAGGUUUGACGAAGCGGCGUUCACCUGCGAGUACAAAUACGACGGAGAGCGCGCACAGAUUCACAUUCUGGAGAGUGGCGAGGUUCGAGUAUUCAGUCGCAACCAGGAAGACAACACCACCAAAUACCCCGAUAUCAUCUCUCGCAUUCCCAAGGUGAAGAACGACUCUGUGGUGUCUUGCGUCCUGGACGCGGAGGCGGUGGCCUGGGAUCGUGAGAAGAAACAGAUCCAGCCCUUCCAGGUCCUCACCACCCGUAAGAGAAAGGACGUGGAUGCCUCCGAGAUCAAAGUCCAAGUGUGUGUGUACGCCUUUGACCUCCUCUAUCUCAACGGCGAGUCCCUGGUGCGACAGCCGUUGUGUCGGCGUCGGGCUCUGCUGAAAGAAAGCUUCUCGGAGGUGGAGGGAGAGUUUGUGUUCGCCCGAUCCAUCGACUCCGACAACACUGACUCCAUCGCAGAGUUCCUGGAGCAGUCUGUCCGAGACUCCUGCGAGGGUCUGAUGGUGAAGACUCUGGAGAAAGAUGCCACCUAUGAGAUUGCCAAGCGCUCUCACAACUGGCUCAAGCUGAAGAAGGACUACCUGGACGGGGUGGGUGACACAGUUGACCUGUGUGUGAUUGGCGCCUACCUGGGGAAAGGCAAGAGAGCGGGCGCCUACGGGGGCUUCCUGCUGGCCUGCUAUGACGACGAGAAUGAGGAGUUCCAGUCCGUCUGCAAGAUCGGGACAGGCUUCAAGGAUGAAGAUCUGGAGCAGCAUUACAAGUUCUUAAAGGAGCACAUUCUGCCGAAGCCCCGUGCCUACUACCGUAUCGACCAAUCAGCAGAGCCCGACGUGUGGCUGGACGCCAUGCAGGUCUGGGAAGUGAAGUGUGCCGACCUGUCGCUGUCGCCCAUCUACAAGGCCGGCAUGGGAUUGGUGGAUCCAGAAAAGGGCAUUUCUCUGCGGUUCCCCCGCUUCCUUCGGAUCAGAGAUGACAAGAAGCCCGAGGACGCCACGACUGGAGCUCAGAUUGCUGAUUUGUACAAGAAGCAGCAGCAGAUUCAGAAUCAGGGGGAGAAAGCUGACCCGGAGGACUACUACUGAUCAUCUGUAGUCAUCAGCAGAGGAUCAUAAAUAAUAGCAAUUUCAAAAAUAAUUGUAAAUAGCUUCUUUUCUUUUUGUAAAGUCGAAUGAAAAUAAAGGCUCCUGCCAGUUUUAAGCA